GCGUGUUGACAGCGGCGGCGGCGGCGGAUCCCGGCGGGCGACGGGAGUCGGCGUCUCUGGUUCCUGCCCCUGGUCCCGAGGCGGUGGUGGACGGGCGUUCCGGGAUGGCCUUCAUGGAGAAGCCGCCGGCCAGCAAGGUCCUGCUGGACGACACGGUGCCGCUGACAGCAGCCAUCGAGGCGAGCCAGAGCCUGCAGUCCCACACGGAAUAUAUCAUUCGGGUACAAAGAGGAAUUUCUGUAGAAAAUAGCUGGCAGAUUGUUAGGAGAUACAGUGACUUUGAUUUGCUGAACAACAGCUUGCAGAUUGCAGGCCUAAGUCUACCUCUUCCUCCCAAAAAAUUGAUUGGUAACAUGGAUCGUGAGUUCAUAGCUGAGAGGCAGAAAGGUCUUCAGAACUAUCUCAACGUUAUCACCACAAAUCAUAUCUUGUCUAAUUGUGAGCUGGUUAAGAAGUUUUUAGAUCCAAACAACUAUUCUGCAAGCUAUACUGAGAUUGCCUUACAACAGGUUUCCAUGUUCUUCCGAUCAGAACCAAAGUGGGAGGUGGUGGAACCAUUGAAAGACAUAGGUUGGAGGAUAAGGAAGAAAUAUUUCUUGAUGAAGAUUAAAAAUCAGCCAAAGGAACGGCUAGUGUUAAGCUGGGCUGACCUUGGUCCUGACAAGUAUCUGUCAGAUAAAGAUUUUCAGUGUCUAAUCAAACUUCUGCCGUCCUGUUUGCACCCUUACAUCUAUCGUGUUACCUUUGCCACAGCUAACGAAUCCUCAGCAUUGCUAAUUAGAAUGUUUAAUGAAAAAGGAACUUUGAAGGACCUGAUCUACAAGGCAAAACCAAAAGACCCAUUCCUAAGGAAGUACUGCAACCCUAAGAAGAUUCAAGGCCUUGAACUCCAGCAAAUAAAAACAUAUGGGCGGCAAAUAUUAGAGGUACUGAAGUUUCUCCAUGACAAGGGAUUCCCUUAUGGGCAUCUUCAUGCUUCCAACGUGAUGCUGGAAGGGGACACUUGCCGGCUGCUGGACCUUGAGAAUUCUUUGUUGGGCCUUCCUUCCUUCUACCGAUCUUAUUUCUCACAAUUCAGGAAAAUCAAUACAUUGGAGAGUGUGGACGUCCACUGCUUUGGCCACUUACUGUAUGAAAUGACUUACGGACGACCGCCAGACUCAGUGCCUGUAGACUCCUUCCCUCCUGCACCGUCUAUGGCUGUGGUGGCCGUGUUGGAGUCUACGCUGUCUUGUGAAGCCUGUAAAAAUGGCAUGCCCACCGUCUCCCGGCUCUUACAGAUGCCAUUAUUCAGUGAUGUUCUGCUAACUACUUCCGAAAAGCCAAAGUUUAAGAUCCCCACAAAGUUAAAAGAGGCAUUGAGAAUUGCCAAAGAAUGUAUAGAAAAGAGGCUAAUUGAAGAACAGAAACAGAUCCACCAGCAUCGAAGACUGACGAGAGCUCAGUCUCACCAUGGAUCCGAAGAAGAAAGAAAAAAGAGGAAGAUCUUAGCUCGAAAGAAGUCAAAACGAUCUGCUGUUGAAAAUAGUGAAGAGCAUUCAGCAAAAUACAGCAACUCCAAUAAUUCAGCAGGAUCUGGGGCCAGCUCACCUCUCACAUCCCCGUCAUCGCCGACUCCACCCUCCACAGCAGCUGCCUUAGGUUUGGGUAAAGAUGUAAAGGAAGGUAAGGAUGUCCGCGUUACCCCCACCUCCUCCACCUGCGCCUCCGCCACCAGCAGCUCCCUUGCCUCCUGCGAGCACAGAGGCGCCCACACAGCUUCCGCCCCAGGCUGUGAAUGGCGUGAGCCGAGGGGCCUUACUCAGCUCCAUCCAGAAUUUCCAAAAAGGAACUUUGAGGAAAGCCGAAACCUGUGAUCAUAGCGCUCCUAAGAUCGGCUAAAGCUUUGUGUUUACACUUGGAGGGAAAAGUUGUUUUGUUUUUCCUUCCACCUCCAACCCCUAAAGUACCCUCUCUCUGGAUGAAUAAUUGCUGAGCCAGUACAGUCACAUACGACUUCGCAGAUGCUCAUGUAAGAGGCUUUUCAAGAGGGAAAUAGUCUUCAAGUAGAAUAAAGUCAGGCUGGCAUUGCUGCCUUAAGAAACAGUUUGCUCCUUUGUUACUGUUGUAAAGGAGUCUUGCUCUUCCUCUAAUGGUCAUCUUUUGGUGGCAGCAGCGUAUUGGAAUCAAUUAUUUCUACCAACAGAAGGAAGUGGACAAAAAACAAAAACAAUGACAAUAUACAGUCACAGCGGUGAACGGCCUUUGUGUUGCAAUCCCUCCUAUCCCAUCAGACAGCUCCUAGAAAUGUUCCUCUCAUAGUUCAUUUCUCUAUUCUAAAGCAUUUUCUGGUUAUUUCUUAGAUAACUCCCAUUUUUGCUACCUUAAUUUCAUCCUAGACAUUAACACUGUAGCCCAAAGCAUAGUUAUGUCGCUGAGAGUCAGAGAAGCAACUGAGUUCUUCAUUUUCCCUUGAAGUAGAACGGGGAAAGUUCGUAACAGUCUCUUAAGUUCAAACAGGAACUCCAUUGUGGUUAUAGAACUCAGGGCUGCUAAAGGAACUACUCUAGACUCUUAGUUCCUUUUAGUUAGUAUGUAUCCAACAGACAAAAAAAUGUUGACAUCAGAAAAAGCUCUUGCCAAUUAGAGGAUCUUCUUAAUCCUCAGCAAUUAAGUCAAGUUUGGCGUUUGUGGGGGUGGGUUAUUAUUACAACACAAGUACAUCUGGCAAAAUCAGUUCUGAUUUUCCAAAAAUUUAUCCAAAUAUAUCAUCUUUUUAAUGUUACUCAUUUAUUAGAAAGAUCCUUUAUCCUAUGAUUUGCUUAAACCCUUAAAUAAAUUGCACUUUAAAGGAUUAUAAAUAAUCCAUCUAAAAAUUCAAGUUACACACAUCAGUGUUGGUUACUAUGCAGAGAGAAUGUCAUUGUGUAUAGUUUCAUGUAAUCUGUGAUAAAUGUUCAGCUGUAUUUUUUAUUAAAAUAAACCAUGUCUAGAAAAUG